GAGGGGGGAAUCCCACAAGAUGGAGCAGAAGGCAGUGGGGUCGUGGGCCCAUCCCCUGGGUUUGGGGGUGGGAUGGUGCCACGCAUCCCCUACAUUGAGUUUCUGGGACUGCACUGCAGGAACCACUCGAGGGCUCCAGGGAGGUUACAGGGACUAAAGAGCAAAGCUGCAUCCGUAACAAACCCUCACCCAGAGAGCCCUCCCCCAACCCCCUUUGCACCCAGCAGUGCAAACAAGAGAGCAUUUUCCCAUCCCAUGAGCACUCCCAGCUCUACAGCACAUUCCCUGCAGUCAGCCCCACACCUCUGCCCCACGUGCUGCUCAGUGCAGAGCUGUGCAGCGCCUGCAGGACCGGCUGCCUUGUGCCCCACAAACUGGUUUAGCUCUGGUUUGUCGCCAUCCCGACCGGCCGGUGCUGUGCUGCAGCCUGGGGGGGUCCUGUUGUGAAGGAGCCCUGAGCCCGAGCUCAGCCACGCCGAUGCCAUGGAGGGGGCUCUGCCCACGCUCCCCCCAGAGCUGACAACGCCGGGCUGAAGAAGUCUCACCCCCCAGCCUCCCCACGAAGCAGCCAACACGGCCGUCAUCGCAGUGGUCAUCACGCUGGUGUUCCUCACCCUGCUGACGGUGCUGGUGGUCAUCGUCAUCUACCUGUACAGAAACAAGGGCAGCUACCUCACCUACGAGCAGCCGGUGGCCGAGGAGGACGCGGCCGUGCAGAUGGAGGAUGACCCAUCCAAGGAGAAAGAGGAAUAUUUCAUAUAGGGUCCAUCUCACGUCGCCUGAACCGCCAGGAGUCCGAUCUCUGGCAGCUUUUCUUUUCUUUUUCUCUGUAAUUUAUUAAUUAAGGCAGAGGAAGGUGAAGGCCAGGCAUGCUGCUGCCUGCCUGCAGCUCCGCACCCCAUCCCCUCCCUUGGGUGAAUUCAAUACAACCCAGUGACAAAGGCUC